GAGAGAGAGAGAGAGAGAGAGAGAGAGAGAGAGAAUGUCAUCGGAGAAGGAAAGGCCUGCACGCCCAGCGCGGAAAUUAUCGUGCGCCACCUGCUUCGACGCGCUCUGGUUUUGCUACUCUCCAGUACAUCAGGUGCAGCAAUACUAUAGGCUCGGGACACUGGAUAACUGUUCAGGAAAAUGGAGUGCCCUUGUAGAUUGUUUGACUUUGAAGACUAAAAGGUCUUCUGAGGUUCAGGAAAUUCUAGAAACCCGUGAAAAGGCCAAACCUCACAUAUGGACUCUCCGGUCUCCCGAGGAAGCAUCGACAAACUGGGAAGAGCUAUUUGGACAUUUGGAUGAAGUGGAAUGAUGAAGAUUGCGGACAAUUGAUUCUUGGUUCAAAUCUGAGGACGUUUGGUUAAUGGAUUUAGAAUUAUGAUUCAGAACUAUUCUCGAUUUACAUGUGUUUUUUGUGAGAAAAAACAUUGUAGCGAGUCACGAACCAUGACACGAAUCCUUCAACCAAACGCUACUCAUCAAGUGGUUUGACAAAAAAAAGAGGUUUGAGACUAUAUUCUUUGUAGCGUUAUUCUCUCACUUUUCAAAUUGAAAGGACUUAUGUGGCACAAAUAAAAGCUAGGGACUGUUUAUGAUUUUAAGUUUUAAUUCAUGUUGCCACAUAUAAUUUAGCUCAUUUAAGGUCAUUCAGGCAUUUUUCAGACUGC